AUGCCCAGGAAGCAGAAAAAGCGGAGCGAGGACAUCGAGGACCUCAUCGAUGAGGAGCCGCCCAAAUCCAUCGAUCCGUAUGAAGUUCUAGGUGUCGCAAAGGACGCAGCACCCGACCACAUCAAGAGUGCAUACCGCAAAGCUGCCCUGAAGCAUCACCCAGACAAGGCCGAGGACAAGGAAGCCGCCCAUGCCAAGUUCCAGGAAAUCGCCUUCGCGCAUGCUAUCCUCUCUGAUCCCCGUCGCCGCUCGCGCUACGAUACCACCGGUCGCACCGAGGAAACCGUCGAUCUCGAAGAUGAUGACUUCAACUGGACCGAAUACUACAAGGAGCAGUACGAGGACAUUGUCACGGCCGAGGCCAUUGAGAAAUUCAAGAACGAGUACAAGGGCGGCGAUGAGGAGCGGAAUGACCUCAUCGAUGCCUACAAGCAAUUCAAAGGCAACCUAAACAAAAUCUACGAGGUCAUCAUGCUCAGCAAUCCGCUCGAGGAUGAGGAUCGCUUCCGAGCUAUUCUCGACGCAGCCAUCGCAGACGGAACAGUGCCUGCCGAGAAAAAGUAUACCGACGAGUCGGAGAGAAGCCGUCAGAACAGGAUGAAGAAGGCGAGGAAGGAGGCAGAGGAAGCCGACGACGCUGCAAAGGAGAUGGAAGGCACCAAAAAGAAGAAGAAAGCACAGGGUGAUGGCGGUCUGGGCGACCUCGCAGCUAUGAUCCAGCAGCGCCAGAAGGGUCGCUCUGAGUCUUUCUUCGACCAGUUGGAGGCAAAGUACGCACCUGACUCCAAGAAGGGCAAGAAACGAGCGCCGCCGAUGGACGAGCCACCCGAGGAAGCGUUCCAACGGACCGCUUCCCGAGCCAAGAAAGGCAAGAAAUGA